AUGGCUUCCGCUACAACAACUGCACCUAAUACAUGUACAACAUCGGGUUGUAAGAACAUUUCUAAUGCUCUCUGUUUACACUGUAAUAAAUUUGUCUGCACAAAACAUUAUCUUGAGCAUGUGAAAUCGACAAAUGAUGAACUUGCACAUUUAUCGGAUCAAUUAAAUUCAAUAGUUUAUAGACUCAAUCAAUUUAAUAUUACUAGCCUUGCUAAACACGCAACAGAACAGCUUGAGCGAUGGCGCGAAGAAAGUCAUCGUAUGAUCGAUAAACUAUGUGAUGAAAAGAAAGCAUCAUUAGAAACAAUUAUUCAACUAAAAUUGAAAGAGGAAACAGCAGUUGGAAAACAAUUAUGUGAAUCCGUACGGCAACUGAUUGAUCAAGGUGAUGCUUCGCAUCAUCAAGUAGAACAAUUAAAAAAACCAAUUAAAGCAUUUAAUGAUCGCUGUGCAACUCUUGAAAAACCUGAUUUUUUUCACGUUGAUAUGAAACCACUUGAAAUCAAUACACAUUCAAUUUCAAUCAAAGCAAAAUGUUUUACAUUCUUUACUGGUGGUGGUUCGCUUCUUCGUCUUGAAAAUCAAAUGCAACUCAGCAAAUGGGUUGGUAAUCAAGAACAAAAAUGGCGUCUGAUCUACAAAGGUAAACGUGAUGGAUUCAAAGCCGAAGACUUUCAUCGUUGUUCGGAUAAUCAAGGACCGACUCUAACCAUUAUUCAAGCGAAAGAAGGUGGAUGGUUAUUUGGAGGAUAUACUUCAAAAGAUUGGAGUUCAGUAAUGGGCUAUGUAGAGGAUCCGACUACGCCAUUUAUUUUUACACUGACGAAUCCGCAUAAUAUUCCGCCUACCAAGUAUAAUAUUAGAUCAACGAAAGUUUUACACGCUGUUGCACAUAGUCCUACUCACGGUCCGACGUUUGGUGGUGGGUUCGAUUUACAUGUGUGUAAUGAAAGUCAAUCUACAAAUAACAGUUAUUCUAAAUUUCCCACUUCAUAUGAUGACACAACUGGAAAAGGAGAAUUAACUUUCACUGGCAGCAGUCACUUUGAAAUAUCUGAUAUAGAAGUUUAUCGGUCAGCAUGA